AUGUCUUCGAAUGUUCUACAGGCAAGUUAUUUGGGAUGGCUGGUAGCAGGACCCGUUGGUUGUGCAACAGCUAUUAAUACGGUGAAAGUGUGUCAAGCUGCUCCAUCGGAGGUAACAGACGAAAGAUUGAGUGAGCUGCUGAAGAAAUUCUGGACGAUUGAUAAUCAACAAGACAGUCUGCCUGAUGAACACAGCGACGAUUGCGACGUUCACUUCACAAGGACGCAUUAUCGAACUCCGGAGGGACGAUAUGUCGUGAUGAUUCCAUUCUCUGACAACUUGUGUGAAUUGGGUGAAUCUCGAAAGCAGGCGCUGAGAAGAUUUCACUCAUUAGAAAUAAGAUUAGUAAGAUUUCCGGAAACGAAGAAAAUGUACGUUGAUUUUAUCAAUGAGUACCUAACAUUAGGUCAUUGCUGUGUUGUGAGUGAUGCAGAACACAAAUCAGAAUCGGCGUACUACCUUCUUCACCAUUGUGUGAUGAAACCAGGAAGCUCGUCUACCAAAUUAAGAGUGGUAUUUGAUGCCUCAGCGAAAAGCACCACCGAGAUAUCGCUGAACGAUGUGAUGAUGGUUGGCCCAACGGUCCAGGAUCCUUUAUUCGAUAUUUUUCUCCGGUUUCGCAUGUAUAGAUUCGCCUUUACGGCUGACAUUUCUAAAAUGUACCGUCAGGUGCCAGUGAACCCGGCUCAGAGACAUUAUCAACGUAUUCUGUGGCGUGAAAAUACCAACGAACCGAUAAAGGAACUUGAAUUGAAUACCGUAACUUACGGAAUGGCGGCUGCACCUUAUUUAGCAACACGAGCAAUUGUACAACUGGCUAAUGACGAACGUGAUAACUACCCAGCAGCUAGUGAUGUUGUUCUAAGGUCAUUCUACAUCGAUGACUUGCUGGCUGGUGCAGAUACAUUAGAGGAAGCGAAACAUUUGCAAGCGGAAUUGACGGAGCUGUUAGCUAAAGGUGGUUUCGAAUUGCUCAAGUGGUGCGCAACCGAUCAGGCACUGCUGGAGAAUAUAAAGGAGCACGCCAUUGAGAAACAAUUGAAAUUCGAAGAUAUUGACGUCGAUGGUGUGAUCAAGACCCUCGGAAUUCUAUGGGAUCCCAUUAAUGAUGUUUUUAUGUUCCGUGUGAAGCCUGUCGAAGAAAAUGCCAUGAAGCCAACGAAGCGUUUGGUUUUAUCAGAGACAGCCAAACUGUUCGAUCUGUUAGGUUUCCUGGCACCUACGGUGGUUAGUGCCAAGAUGUUAAUGCAACGACUAUGGAAGGAGAAGAUGAAUUGGGACGAACCGAUUCCUGAUGAUCAGCUGCGCAUCUGGUCCAGAUUACGAUCGGAGCUUUGCGAAAUAAGUGUUCUUAGAAUCGAGCGAGGACUGAAAAUGGAUGGUGCUACGGUGUUCGAACUGCAUGGCUUUGCCGACGCAUCGACGAUUCAACUUCAAGCAAUGUAA